GCUGAUUGGGUGCUGCACAGCACGUAGGAGGCCGAGCACCGUGCUUCUGGAGCCGACUGAGUUCAGAUAAGACUCCCAGUUUGACCUUGCGGCUGAAAGCUUACCCAAGCACAACACACCGUACAGGGAAACACAACAACUCCGGGUUUACCAUGUCACAGAUACCGAUACCUGCCUUACCCAGCUCGGGAUUUUCGUUAACAAAAGAACAUUUUGUGGUUGCGGUGCCAGUUGCAGUGGUAGCAGCUGUCGGAGGUUUCCUGGUCAGCCAUUACCUGAGUGGGCGGGGCUGUAAAAAGGGCCAGGUGAACACCUGCAUCAGUAAAGAUAGCCCCAAAGUGGUGCACAGCUUCGACAUGGAGGACAUCGGCACCAAGGCUGUGUACUGCCGCUGCUGGAAGUCAAAGAAGUUCCCUUACUGCGACGGAGCCCAUGCCAAACAUAACGAUGAAACCGGGGACAACGUGGGACCCCUCAUCAUCAAAAAGAAAGAUGCUUAAGCCGCCCAAUCGGAGAACCCAACCCUCAUUUGUCCAAUCAUUUAUAACAACUGCAGUGUCGCACUGAUGGAUACGGUACUGUUGCAAUUAAAUCAAACGGUGGAUAUAAUACUUAUAGCUCAGAACUAAAAAUGUUGCAGUAUUUUUUAUUUUAUUCAUGACGCGUUGUUUCUACGCUAGCCGACAUGACUUCAAUCAGAGGUCAUUUCAGGAGAGAUAAGGAAGGACUUUGACAAUCAGCACACAGACAUGGAGGUACUAGGACUGUAGUUGCAUUUUGAUCGACUUUAUGUGAGGAAUUCAGUUGAAAUUCUCACUGGACCUGAAUUUAAGUGAAAUAUUUCACUGUGCAGGUAUAGUAGCUUCAUGACUGGUGUCACCUGUGUUUCCCCUUCCUUCUCCUCUCCUCAGUGUAGAGUAUGAUAAAACAUGAAACUCUUUGAGGUAGAUCUUUGUAUAAGUCGGUCAUUUGAAUUCAAGAAAGGUUUUUAUGUUUAACUCUAUCGCCCGCAAGACCCAGAGUUUGAACGCACAUAACCCAUAUAUUGUUAUGAACCAUAUGAAUGUUACAUGGUAUGAUUUUUGCACUAUGAGCUGCUCAUUCAGGAGGUAUAGCAAACCGUUUCGUCUUUAAUAAAUUACUCAAAUCAAUCGGUCUUUGAAACACUAUCUGCUUUUUGUUUACCAGGCUUACUGUCUGCUUUCUGAGCCAUCUUGUAUUUAAUCUGUAAAGUAUUCAAAAACUCUUGCUUAGAAAAGUAUAUAUAUUGCUUAUUCCGUCAGAUUUAUUUUCUACUGGCUGCGUACGGUGUGACAACUUGAUUAAUUGUUCUGUAUAUUGUGAAUAAAACUUAAGUGACCUGAA